UAAUUUUCCACUUUCUUUCUCCCGCAAAGCCGCACGAACCUCGGUCUCCUCUCCCUUCUUUUCCCGUCGCUGUCGUCGCGGCCCUACCUUUCCCUUCUUCGCCUCGCUAAACCCUUUCCCCUCAUUUGCAAGCGAUCCAUGGCCUCCGACGGAGCAGAGGACCACCGCCUGCGGCGGAUUGCCUCCUCCAUACGCGUCAUCCCUGAGUUCCCCAAGCCGGGUAUUUUGUUUCAGGAUAUUACGACCCUGUUGCUGGAUCCUGAGGCGUUUAGGGAUACGAUCGAUAUGUUCGUAGAGAGAUACAGAGAUAAAGAAAUUUCAGUGGUCGCAGGUAUUGAGGCAAGAGGAUUUAUAUUUGGCCCUCCCAUUGCAUUGGCUAUUGGAGCAAAGUUUGUCCCUAUGAGAAAGCCAAAGAAGUUGCCUGGGGAAGUUAUUUCUGAGGAAUACUCGUUAGAAUAUGGUACAGACAAAAUGGAGAUGCAUGUAGGAGCUGUUGAGGCAGGAGAUCGGGCACUUGUUAUUGACGAUUUAAUUGCAACUGGGGGAACAUUAGCUGCUGCUAUGAGGCUCCUCGAUCGCGUUGGAGCUGAAGUGGUCGAGUGUGCUUGUGUCAUUGAAUUGCCAGAGCUGAAGGGACGUGACAAACUGGGUGGCAGGCCUCUCUUUGUGCUGGUCAAAGCGGUUUAGCAGAGAGAAUGCAGUUUGUUGGUAAUUUACGUUUUCUUCGUAGCAUCUGUUGGUAGAUCCUCUAGCUAGCUGGGGCUUGAUAAUAAGGUUUCAACUUUCCAUGGCUUCUUGAGCUAUGGCGAGAUGACCACGGUUUCUGGAGAUUGCGAGUGGGGAUUUAUUUCAGUAAAAUGUAAUAUGAGAUUUUGAUUUUGGAACCUAUUCGUGUGCGUAAUUGAGUGGUUAGAUUUGAGUAAUUAAUCAGACUUUUCUUUAUAA